AUGUUUUACGGAGCCGGAUCUGCGAGUCUCGGGUAUCCUUCGGAGGAGUUCGGAGGAAUUGUUUACGGAUACACGGAGUCUGAAGUACUGAUUUGGACACCCACUGGUCCGUCUGGUCACCUUAUUUAUAUCAAUGGCGUCUGGGGUGAUGGGAUUGAUAGCAUGCACGUUGACACCGUAGAGAUUACAAUAAAAAUCAUCCAUAGUUAUAUUUCUGAGUGCGCCUCACCUCCGGAUAUUGUUAACGCAGUAAAGGUGUAUAAUGGUGUUCGAAAUGGAAGUCUGGUGUCCUACUGUUGCCUGCCGGGAUAUGUCAGCAGUGGGGAAUUUGAUGUUUUACCAUGUAAUGCGCUGGCAACAUCAGAAGUCCUUUUCAGCUCAGUUGAAGAAAUUGUACGCGAUUUGAAAAUUCCAAAAAGAAAUACAAGUUCAUAUGACAGAAGUCUUAUGUGUGCCUUUGAUCCGCGCCAAAGUUCAAUGGCAGUCAGAAGUGUAGGAGUCGUCAUAUUGUUCCUGGUUGCUGCACUACUAAACAUAGCUGAUAUUCAUACAUUUCUGGAGGGCAGGAUGUAG